AUGUUUUCUUCCAAAACAGAGUAUGACAGGGGUGUGAAUACCUUCAGCCCCGAGGGACGAAUCUUCCAGAUUGAGUACGCGAUCGAGGCCAUCAAGCUGGGAAGCACGAGUCUUGGCAUCCAAACCCCUGAUGCGGUUAUUAUUGCCGCGGAAAAGCGGGUGCCCUCUGUAUUGGUUGAUCCUUCCAGUAUGAACAAGAUUUUAGAGAUCGACUACCACAUGGGUACGGUACUGAGCGGCAUGGUGGCGGAUGCGCGAAUUCUGGUCGAGCAUGCUCGUGUGGAAGCGCAGAAUCACCGUUUCACUUAUGACGAGCCAAUGCGCGUUGAAUCGUGCGCGUUGGCCACAUGUGAUUUAUCGAUCCGGUUUGGUGAAGGUGGGGGAGGCAAGAAGUUGAUGUCCAGGCCAUUUGGCGUUUCCCUCCUCAUUGCCGGUGUCGAUGAAAACGGUCCCCAGCUUUGGCAAACGGACCCUAGCGGCACUUACACCCGCUACGAUGCGCAAGCAAUUGGUGCUGGUGCUGAAGCUGCCCAAACUGUUUUUAAUGAACGCUAUCACCGCAAUAUGACUGUUGAGGAGGCCGAAAAUCUGGCAGUGCAGAUCUUGAAACAAGUGAUGGAAGAGGAGCUGACCAAAAGCAACAUUGAAAUUGCUAUUGUCUCUGUCUCCACGGGAAAGUUGGACAUAUAUGAUCAGGAGCGAAUUCAACGAAUCAUUGAACGUCUCAAGGAAGAGUAA